AUGAGAGACGCAACCCACUCCCUCCACUGUUGAUGAUGUUUUUACAACCCUUUUAGCUACCGAACCGAUCUCAAUCUCACUAGCACAUGUGCACAAACGCUCGCUUCGUCCAUCGCUACAUCUCACCUGCAACGCAUGGCGCAUGAACAGAGAUACACAUCAUCAGUAGUUCGUCCAUCCGACACAACUCUUCAAUGGAUUUUUUCAAGUUUAUUAUACACACCAGUGAAGCAGUCCCCACAUCAGAGUAGUGUAACAUUCGUCUGUGGAAACUUGCAGUGAAUGGAACAACGUUACGGUCAAUCCGCGUUUCAAUAGUGCAAACUAAUUAAUAAGGACAACUAUCGAUUUUUCCCUUUGUCAUAGUCGCAGAAUAUCAAUUUUCCAUCUAGCAGGCGGUGAAAGGAGUGCAGUUUUGUGCAAAUCGCACAUUUUGUGACGAUUUUAAAGUAGCCAAUGGCUACUUCGCUCGAUUGCGUUGUUCAGUGAAGUGAUUAAUAUCAAAAUAAUUGAGAGGGGGUGAUCGUAGCAAGCUAGUGAAACGCAUAUCGGGGAUUUUUGUGCAAACCAGUUUGUUGUGACCGUGAAGGAGAAAUGAAUAAUAAAAUGAAACGAGGGGCAUCAAUACGGAUUGAUAAAAAUAAGCUCCAAGUGGUUACGUUCUGCGUGCUACUUUGCGCUUCGAAUUUCUUGCCUGCUUUGGAGGCCAGAAAAACCAGUGGAAAGAGUAAAAGCUCUUCGUCAUCUUCGGUUAGCCGAGGUCGUGUGUCGAAACCUAGUCAAAGUAUUCCAGCGGCCAGUAACCCUGGCAGCUUGAGUUACAACAACUAUCAGCAAAAGCCGAAACCGGCUCCAUCGGCACCGGUGGACUCCUCAGCCAACGCGCGGCCCAUCGGAUGGAACGUCAACAGUAACCAACCGGCAAAACCAGCUGCAGCGGCGCCACCAUAUCCAGUGCAGAGUGCCGCCAAACCGCCAUAUCCGGUUCAAAGCCCUGCAGGUGGAGCCAAACCACCAUACCCAGUGCAACAACAGCAUAACGUGCACCAAACACAUGGGGCGCCACCUCCACCGUACUCUGUGAACCCUCAACAUGGUGCCCCUCCGCCAUAUUCAGCCGUCAACAAUCCAAAUGCUCAUUCGCCGUUCAACCAGCCACCACCUGCGUACAGCCCUGGAAGUCAAGGCUUCAAGCCUGGACAGCCCGGUGGUUUCAAUCAGCCAGGAUUUGGACAACCCGGAGGAUUUAACCAACCAGGCAGCUUCGGACAUCAGCAAUCAGGAGGCUUUGGACAUCAGCAGCCAGGAGGUUUUGGACAUCAACAGUCAGGCGGAUUUGGACAUCAGCAACCCGGUGGAUUCGGUGGAUUCCCAUCUGGAGGCUCUGGUUACCAUGCUCCAGCCGGUGGAUACGGAGGUCUACCACAUGGCGGCUUCCAAGGUGGUGGUGUCGCUCCAGCUGUUAACUACGCUCCUGCUCCAAGCUUCCCGAUUGCGGCCAUCCCUGUGGGAGCAUACAAACCACAAUCAUCUGGAAUCGGAAUCGGAGGCAUCGCUGCUGGAGUAGGAACGGGUCUUCUCGCAGGAGCCGCCGGUGCUGCCAUCUACAACGCUUUGAAACCAGAAGACCGUGUGAUCUACCGUGAUCGCGUUACCGUUGUCAACGCAGAAGCUCCCGCUGCUGCUGCUGCCGCUCCAGCAGCACCUGCUGCCCCAGCCGCGGCUGCUCCAGCGGCUCCGGCAGCUCCUAGUGCUCCAGCUUUAGCCCCUGCCCCAGUUCCAGCUCCGAACCCAGCUCCUGCGGCCAGCGAAAACAAGGAUGCUGUUGCAGGUGUCCCGAACACCCCAGUGAUCAUGAACACCAACUCAACCAGCGAACAAACAACAAACUCUACCGAUACAUCUACACCGUGUACGCCAACGCCACUGGCCUCAUACAACGAGACUUCAACCGCACCAGUGCCCACCGGAAAACAAUACUUCCCACCGCCUGGCCAGUACUACCCGGCUACCGGCCAGUACGUUCCACCAGGCGAGUACGACCCGGCAACCGGAGUGUUCACGCCCGGCCGCUACAUCCCGGACACCAACAUUUUCCAGCAGGGACAGUACGAUCCGCUUACCCAAAUAUUCACCCCCGGUUUGUACGACGCGGCUUCCGGACAGUUUGUGCCCGAUCCCAACAACGGACCGGUGAAUCUUGGUGCCGUUGCGGCUGCGCAGGAUGCCCCCGUUACGGGUCAGCCGCUGAACCAGGAACCCAGCGGUGCCACCACCUUGGCGGCCAUGAUGAAGACGCUGAUGCUGACCGCCAUAUUGCCAACGGUAUUCGCUGCGAUUGUGCGGUAUUAGAGGACAAUGAGGUAAACUCCAUUGAAAGCAGUGACUACUAUUGGAGCAAUCAGAGAUAUAACUGAAAUGACAAAUAAACACCGACAAAUCAACGUUAACAAAUGUAUGGAACCAAAAGCUUCUUUCCCCUUUUGCGAAAAAAAAACACGCAACUCAUGAAGACGUGCAUGAAGCAUAAAAACGGGAAUAUAAAGAACCUAUAGUCGAAUGGAAAAAAUGCAAUGUUUUAGCUAUCAAUGACGUUAUAUACGCUUUUUACCAUGCAGCUCUGCAAAUACGGCGCUGAGUUUGUAAAAUUUUAAAGAAAAAUCGAAACAUUUGGAUUUUGUAAAUGAAAAUAAGUUUGAUAGUGCUACAUCAUUGAAUAUCGAACAAAUAUCGAGUAAAACUAUGAAUAACACAAGAAGAUUUGAUAAAUAAACUGAAGAAUAGGAUAGAAAAAAAACCGCGCAUUUAGCGAUGAGACUUUGAAAACACAUAAACCAAAUUGAUCUUGCAUUCUAACCCAAAAUUUGCAAAGCAUGACAACCAAAUUGAUAAAUACUUCCAGUGAACGAAACGAGCAAUCUUGAACAAUUAUUCUCCCAGUGUUACCCCGCAUGGUAAACACCGAUUUGAUGGUACUGUAAACAAUUUCUCUGCUUAGUGACGCCCCCACAAUCAAGUCUAUAGAAAAUCGACAAACUAUCAUUUCCCGUGCAUCAAACUACACAUUAGAACUUAAAUUACCCCCGUUUCUCUCUAACCAUCUCUCUCGGCAUAGGGGAGAUCUUAUGAAACACCGAUUUUUCUUCACCUCUACCGAUCUAUGCCAAACUGGAUAUUUUUCUAUGUAAACUCUAUACUUCUAUCCUAUUGUAGACUAUUCACUGUACUGUAUAAUGUAUUGAACUGAACAGAAUCUCGAUUUUAUACAAGUACUGUUUUGUAGAUUUGUUGAUACUUUAACCGAAACCUAGAUGCCCCAUUUAUAGAAAGUGUUGAUAUGUGAUAAAUAAAAACUUUUAAAAAGAGAUCUUUAUUAUUAUAUUAUCUCUUCCUAAUAUUCAGUAUUCGCUAGGAUAUUAGUAAAGAAAAAAACAAACAAAAUAUUGAAAAACUACUUGCGAUUAGGAUAAAUUGCUGUACAAAACCACUUUGAACAUGAAUAGAUGUGAAAACAAACAAAACAUAAAAGUAACCGCAACACCCAAAAAAAAACAAUAAGCGCUUUUAAAAUAUGAUUGUAAAAUUGGUGCCGCUUUUAGUAGCCUGCGGAUAAUCAGAACGGAAGAAACCACAUAACAAUACGACAAAUUUACUAACUGUUUAUACAUUACUCAAAUGGAAACAAAAAAUUCAAAACACUGACAACUGUAAAAUCUUCAAAAAAUCUUAUUUUGUAAAUAAAAAUCACUUUUCCAUUGAAAAAAAAAA